CCAGGCUAGGUCAAGGAACAUUUGAAUUUGUACAAACCACACAAGUCAGAUUUCUCCACCGUUAUAAAUGGAGGACAAACUUUAACCUGAACCUGAUGCUAUUGUAUCUCAUUAAGAAAAAUCUGAAGUGUGAAGAGAAACAUUUCAAGAGGACCAAGUGCAAAUUAUGGUAAAAAUGCCAUAUAUAAAGAAGACAUCUGGAAAAAGAGGUCCUGUGAAGAGGAAGCUUGCGGAAGAGUUUGCUUCCGGAGAGGUGUUAACAGACACAUCAAAAAAAGAGUGGAAAUUAGGCAUGCCUAUAGGGCAAGGUGGCUUUGGAUGCCUAUAUCUUGCUGAUGUUAAUUCUUCAAAAUCGGUUGGCAGCGAUGCACCCUAUGUCAUAAAAGUGGAACCCAGCCAGAAUGGACCUCUUUUUACUGAAUUAAAGUUCUACAUGCGAGCUGCUAAACCAGAGCAAAUUCAGAAAUGGACUAGUUCCCAUAAACUGAAGUACCUAGGUGUACCGAAGUACUGGGGCUCUGGCUUGCAUCAAAAAAAUGGAAACAGCUAUAGGUUUAUGGUAAUGGACCGAUUUGGGAGAGAUCUUCAGAAAAUUUAUGAAGAGAAUGAAAAGCAAUUUGAACACAAAACUAUCUUAAAAUUAAGCUUGAGAAUACUUGAUAUUCUGGAAUAUAUCCAUGAGCAUGAAUAUGUGCAUGGAGACAUCAAGGCCUCAAACCUUCUCCUGAGCUACAAGAAUCUUAAUCAGGUGUACUUGGUUGAUUAUGGCCUUGCAUAUCGAUACUGUCCAGAAGGAGUGCACAAAAAAUAUAAAGAGGACCCCAAAAGAUGUCACGAUGGUACAAUUGAAUAUACUAGUAUUGAUGCACAUAAAGGUGUGGCUCCAUCAAGACGUGGUGACUUGGAAAUUCUAGGUUACUGUAUGAUUCAUUGGCUCAGUGGCCAUCUACCAUGGGAGGACAAUUUAAAAGACCCCAACUAUGUCAGAGAUUCAAAAAUUAGAUAUAGUGAGAAUAUUACAGAUUUGAUGAACAAGUGCUUUCCUGAGACAGAAAAACCAGGUGAAAUAGCCAAGUACAUGGAAAAGGUGAAGUUAUUGAGCUAUGAAGAGAAACCUCUUUAUCAGCAUUUCCGAGAAAUACUUUUGCAAGGUCUUAAGGCUAUUGGGCAAAAGGAUGAUGGUGUACUGGACUUCAGUUUUUCAGAGAAUGGAGAUUUGCGAACCAAGCCUGUACAAAAGAAGAAAAGAAAGGCAGCGGCAUCAGCAGCAGCCACAACAGAGGAAAGCACUGGAACAGACAUGGAAGAUGUGGAAAGUCCACGAAAGAAGAGACCUGCUCGUUGUAAUUCAGAAGCCACGAAAACACGGAAGAAGAGUUCGCCGAAAAGCACAAGAACCAGUAAGAGAGUCCAGAAGUAGAAGAACUAGAAUAAUGUGCUCUUUUUCUUUGCUUCGCUUUGUUUGGCUACUGUAGCGCUGGAAUCUUUGCUUCUCUUUUUAAUGUUUAUUUUUACAGGAUUUGAAAAAUGGCUAUGCUGCAGUUUGUACCUUGUUUGGAAGAAUAAAUGUUUUAUUAAAGUGUA